UGGGGAAUUCCCCUUCUCCAUGCCUAAAAGUAAACUCAGCUGGGCCGGGCUCCUGCAGUUGGGGAUCGCAGCCGGAGAGCGCCUGCACCAAAGGGCUCGUGGCCCCCCCGAGCCCCUCCGCGCCCGGCCGGGGAUGCCCGGCCGGGAGGUCGGCGGUUAAAUGGCAGACAUGGAAGGGAGAGGCCCCUACCGCAUCUACGACCCCGGCGGGGGCACGGAGGAGAAUGGAUCCGCGGCUUUCGAGCGGCUGAUGGAGGAGAACGCGCGGCUGAAGGAGAAGAUGCAGGGGAUAAAGUCUAUCGGAGAGCUGCUGGAGGAGUCCCAGGUGGAGGCGUCCAAGCUGCGGCAGAAGGCAGAGGACCUCGUGAAGGACAACAAAAUGCUGAUGGGCUCGUCUGCCUUGGAGGAGCUGGUGGAAGCUGCAGGUAGGAGCCGCAGGCCCCAAGCCCAGCUCCACCCUGGCCGCCCCAGGCAGCGCCCAGCCAGAGGCAGAAGCGCGGAAAUCUCCGAGUGGCUCCUCCUCGGAGUUUGAGAUCGUGGCCGUGGAAGCGCAGGGCUUCCCCCAGGACAGCGGGAGAGCGGACUUGGAGCCACUGCCCACCGAGGAUGCCAACCUGCUGCCGCAGCUGCAGCAGCUGGAGAGCACGCUGAGCGGCUGCGCCCAGGAGGCCAGCAAGGAUCAGGUCUUCGUGCGCAUGGGCUACAUGGCCUCCGAGCUCAAGCGCCUGGCCUCCAAGGUGCACAAGAACGAGCAGAGAACGUCGUUCCUGCAGACGCUGUGUGAGACGCUGCACACUGAGAACAAGGAGCUGCGAACCAAGCUGGAGAGGGACCUGGAGCAGAGGAACCAGGCCCUGGAGAAGCUCAGGUGUGAGAACCAGGAGCUGCGGAGGAUGGUGACGCUGAGCAACCAGGAAAGUGCAAAGAGGGAAGCUGCCGAGCAGCAGCAGCAGAGCGGGGCAGGAGCGGAGAAGGCGCUGGGCAGAGGAGACCUGGAGGCCAAGGAGAAGAAGGUGAAGAUCCUGGAGCACCAGCGCAGGGAGCUGCUGGAGGUGAACAAGCAGUGGGACCAGCACUUCCGAGCCAUGAAGCAGAAGUACGAGCAGAAGAUGACAGACGUGCACCAGGAGCUGGCCGAGGCCCGGCGGGCGCUGACCGAGAUGGAGGUGGAGAGGGAGCAGAAGCAGCGGGACUUCGAUCGCAAGCUGCUCCUGGCCAAAUCCCGCAUCGAAACGGAGGAGGCGGAGAAGGACAGGCUGGCCAUGGAGGUGCGGGACCUGCAGCAGAGGAUGCGGUUCCUGCAGGAGCAGCUGGCGCCGGUCACCAGGCAGAGGGAGUACCAGGAGAAGGAGAUCCAGCGGCUGAACAAGGCACUAGAGGAGGCCCUGAACGUCCAAGCCUCCCCGCCGCCCAUCUUUGCCGGCACCCUGGAGCCAGCCGGGAAGGUGCCGCAGCAGGAGCUGCUGACCCAGAACGAGCUGCUCAAGCAGCAGGUGAAGAUUUUCGAGGAGGAUUUCCAGCGGGAGCGGAGCGACAGGGAGAGGAUGAACGAGGAGAAGGAGGAGCUGAAGCAGCAGCUGGAGAAGCUGCAGAAGCAGCUGGUGGUCUCCAACAACCAGCUGCGGGCCUCCAAGGAUGACUGCCAGAGGGAGAAGGAGGAGAAGGAGAAGCUGAAGAAGAUGCUGAAGCAGCACAAACAGGCUUCUGGAGAGCGGCUGCACCCCGAGCCGCUGCCGGGGCCGCUGGGCCCUGCCUGCCCCAUGUACCAGUACCAGUACAGCCCCCCCGUGCCUCACCCCGUCUACCACGGCUUCGACGAGUGGCAGCAGAUCCGAUACCCGCCGGCAAUGCCGGGCGAGCACGCGCCGGGACAGAACUUCCACCAUUUCCCCCCGCCAGAAUACCCCUGGCGCCCGCCCUGCGCCAUGUCCCGGAGCCAGAACGCCCCGGCCAUGCCUGGGGUGAAACCGGUCCCCAAGGAUUUGGGCAGGCCCCGGAUUGCCGUAACGCCCAGGAGCGCCGUUGCCGUGCCGUGCCACAGGCUAGCAGCAGAAGGAAGUAGGAUGUGUGUGUGUGCCCGUGUACAUAGAUCUAGGACCUUCCUCCGGCCGUUCGCCCUGUGCAGAGCCACGCGCUGGAUGCGCGCCCGGGGCCGGAGAGCCCCGCCAGGAGAGCGCGGCGCUGCCGGAGGGCCCGCGGGUGGCACGGCUGUCCCCGUACGGCCGUGUGCCCGGCUGGGCGAGCGGGGCCACGUCUUCGGGAAGAGGAGCUGGCGCUGCCCAGGAGCUUCGCCUCCUCCCCAUGAGGAGCAUCUCCGCUGGCAGGUCCUCUCCCGGCGCUGGGAGAGCCCGCACCCGCAGGCGAACAGCCGGGCCGAGGGUGGUUGGUGUCGUCGUAUUUAUUUAAGGACCGAAGCUAAGCUGAAUCUCUUUGUUUUCUUCCUGAAAGAGUGCUUUCUCCGGAAGAGCCUCGGUGUGAAUGCUCGAGGUGGGAGUUGUCUAGACUGUUUUUCCAGAUUUGUUCCGAUGUAGCCACGUGUCCAGAGCAAAACAGGAACCAAAUCGCCGCACAAGCAACCCAGUAUUUAUUUGAGUGCCUGCUCUGCCUGCUCAGCCCCGUAUCCCCUGUGUCCCCCAGCUCCCUGCGGCUCUGCGGCCGGGGCCAGCUGCUCUAACUCGAGCUCACUCCAGGAAAACAAGGCUGGAGGGGGGAAAAAAUAAAACCGAGCCUGCAAGCGUCA